GAGCAUUCCUGGGAGGGCGGGCGAUGAUCUCCGAGGCACUGCAUGAAGCAGAGGUUGGCAGCACAGGACUCACUCUGUGAAACCUUGACAGGAGAGAGACGGGCCAGCCCCGCCCUGUGGUGGGUGAAUGGCAAAGGGGGCGAGGUGAAGUGGAGCUUCGGGGAGCUGGGCACCCUGUCCCGAAAGGCCGCCAACGUGCUCACCCAGCCUUGUGGCCUUGCGAGAGGCGACCGAGUGGCGGUCAUUCUGCCCCGAGUCCCGGAGUGGUGGCUGGUCAACGUGGCUUGUAUGCGAACAGGGCUUGUCUUCAUGCCGGGCACCACGCAGCUGACCGCCAAGGACAUCCUCUACCGGCUGCGGGCCUCCAAGGCCAAGGGCCUGGUGGCCAGUGAGGAGGUGGCCCCCGCAGUGGAGUCCAUCGUGUCCGAGUGUCCUGACUUGAAGACCAAGCUCCUGGUGUCUCCACGCAGCCGGCCGGGGUGGCUCAGCUUCCGGGAGUUACUUCAAUGCGCUUCCGCAGAGCACAGCCGUGUGGAGACGGGCAGCCGGGAGCCGGCGGCCAUCUACUUCACCAGCGGGACCUCGGGCUCGCCCAAGAUGGCCCAGCACUCCCACAGCAGCCUGGGCAUCGGGUACACUCUCUGUGGAAGGUACUGGCUGGACCUGGAGUCCUCGGAUACCAUAUGGAACAUGUCCGACACUGGCUGGAUCAAGGCCGCCAUUGGCAGCGUGUUCUCUCCCUGGCUGCAGGGAGCCUGUGUCUUUGUGCAUCAGAUGGCCCAGUUUGACACUGACACCUUCCUAGAUACGCUCACCACUUAUCCCAUCACCACCUUGUGCUGCGCGCCCACUGUGUACCGGAUGCUCGUGCAGAAAGACCUUAAGAGAUACAAAUUCCUGAAGCUGCGACACUGCUUGACGGGAGGGGAGCCCCUCAACGCAGAGGUGCGGGAGCAGUGGAAGAGGCAGACGGGGCUGGACCUGCACGAGGGCUACGGACAGACGGAAGUGGGCAUCAUUUGUGCCAAUCUGAAAGGAGAGGAAAUUAAACCGGGCUCGAUGGGGAAGGGAGUCCUGCCCUAUGAUGUCCAGAUUAUAGAUGAAAAUGGCAACGUCCUGCCAACUGGCCAAGAAGGAGACAUUGCCCUCGCGCUGAAGCCUUCCCGGCCCUUCUCUUUCUUCUCAGAAUAUGUGGACAAUCCAGGGAAAACCGCCGCCACGAUAAGAGGGAAUUUUUAUGUCACUGGAGACAGAGGCGUGAUGGACAGUGACGGGUACUUCUGGUUUGUUGGCAGAGCUGAUGACGUCAUCAUCUCCUCCGGGUACCGCAUCGGGCCCUUCGAAGUAGAGAGCGCCCUGAUUGAGCACCCAGCAGUUGUGGAGUCGGCCGUGGUCAGCAGUCCAGACCCCAUCAGGGGAGAGGUGGUGAAAGCUUUUGUUGUCUUAUCUGUGCCCUUCAAAUCAUCUGACCCAGAGAAAUUAACUCUUGAACUUCAAGAGCAUGUGAAAAAAAUAACCGCACCGUACAAAUAUCCAAGAAAGGUGGAGUUUGUUGAACAGCUCCCGAAGACCAUCACGGGGAAAAUCAAGCGCAAUGUCUUAAGAGACCAGGAGUGGGGACGGACAUAGCCGAUGGAAGCGAGCGUGAAGUACUGACAGGGUGGCUUUCUGUUUCCUGAUGGUCCAGUGACAACUUUCUUAAAAUGCGUAAGAUUUUUCCUGAGUCUGUGUUUUGUAGUUAGUCAAAAAUAAAUAAAAAUCUAAAUAUUGGAAGAAUAUUGUUAUGAUAACUAAACUGACACAGGCAAUUAUUAUGACUUAUAGUGUUUAAAAUUGCAGGACUCAAAUGAUUGCUUGGAAAUACACAGUGGACAAUGAAUUUAUUUUGUGCCUGAUUAAACAAAAAUAAAGAUUAGAAGUAUUCAAAGAGAAAUGUUCAAGACAGAAUUCUCCUUAACAUUUUUACAUAUUACUAAUUCUUUAAGAGGGAUUAAAAUAUUAAUGUUUAAGUGAGAAAUAAACAUGUAAUUCAAAAGCCAGUAAGUAAAUUUAAUUAAGUACUAUACUACUAGUUAUCAUUCUGAAGCAAAUUCACUAUAAAGUAUCUGAAAC